UAUAGGACCCUUCAUUUCACGUUUGCGUUAUUCGACGAGGUUAAAGUAGUCUCCCCUUACAGCCCGGCUGCUUGCAAGAAGCAUUAUUUAGGGCCGGCUUGGUCCAAAUUUCGGCUGGCCGUGUGCCAGGAGCCCCCCAGAGGGGAAAGAGCACAAAAAGCGUAUGCGGGCAAUCUGCGGCAGGAGGGCUCCUUAUCCGCCCAGGCCUUCUCCUAGCUAACCAGAAGUUGCCUGGCAACGCGAAGCUCUGCCUGGCUUUUCCUAUUGGCGUCCGUCGCGGAAAUCUUUGGCGCCUUCUUGCGAGGAGCAAUGUAAAUGCAGGCGAGCCUGUCAGAGACUCUGGGGCCUGGGGCUGCCUACUUGCAGCCCAGGCCAGCCGGCCCGGGCCCGCCCUAUGGCUCAGCAUAUAUGACUGGACUGCCAGAAGCAGCUGGAGCGGCCGCGCAGUACCUUCCCAUGGCCGCGCUUGGUACCGCGCGGCCUAACUUCUACGGACUGGACCCAGCAGCCGCAGCGGCGGCAGCAGCAGCUGCAGCUGCAAACGCUGCGGGCCAGGCGCAAGGGGGUUUCCUUCCCUACCCAGUGCCCCCGGCGGGGUUUAGCUCGCCUUUCACCACAGGUACCACGGCGCCGGUGCUGACAACCGUGCCGUCGUCGCUGGUCACCGCGACCAGCAACGCGGCCGUGGAGGUCCAGCCGCUGAUAUCGUCUCCAGGGCAGGGACCCUACGGCAUGUGGGCUGGAAACGAUUUGGCAUCGGACCGCAGUGAAACUGGCUACGCCGCCCCCACAGCGGGCUAUCCGCCUGGCUACCUGCAACAGCUGCAAUUGCAGCAGUACCAGCAGCAGCCACAACAGCAGCAACAGCAGCAGCAACAGGUGCCUGAUGCGGGCGCUGCUGCUGCAGCCUACGGCGGUGCCGGGGCCCCUGUUCCAGGCUAUCCACAAGCAAUGGGAGGUUCGCCCGCCACUAACCCAGCAGACUACUGGCGGCAGCUCGCUGCAGCUGCUUUGGGGGGCGGCGCCGCGCACAGCACUCCAGGACAAGCGCCUGGAGACCUGCAGGCUCUGUACCUGCAGCAGCUCCAGCAGCAGCAACAACAGCAACAAUUGCAGCAGCAACAGCAGCAGCAACAGGCUGCGGCUGCGGCACUGCAGUUCGCGUACCUCCAGCAGCAACAGCAGCAGCAGCUGCAGCAGCAGCUGCAGGCAUGCGGUAUGCAGGGCUUGUUGCGCCUCCCGGGCGCCGGUGUACCUGGCGCGCCGCCUGGCCUGCCUCUCGACCCCUCGCAGGGACCGGCGGCGCAGCUGCAGCAUCUUCUCAUGCUGCAGCAGGUUCAACAGGCCCAGCAACAGCAGCAACAGCAGCAACAGCAGCAGCAACAGCAGCAGCAACAACAACAACAGCAGCAGCAACAGCAGGCACAGGCGCCAGGCGCGCCGUUCGGCAUGAUGGGCUCCCUGAGCGACCCCGCACUGGCAGCCGCCGUGGCGACGGCGCUGCAGCUGCUGCAGCUGCCCGCGAACCUGCGCGCCCUGGCCGCCGCCAACAUGCCGCCCAAUGCCAUACAGCAGCAACAGCAGCUGCAGCAGUUCCACCAGCAGCAGCAACAGCAGCUCGUCCAGCAACAGCAGCUGCAGCAGCUGCAGCUGCAGCUCGCUGGCUACCCGCCCGGUGCCGCGCCAGGCUACGGCGCCGCCAGUGGCCUGCUGGCGCUGAUUCCUCAGCUGCAAGGCCAGGCUGCAUACGCAGCGGGCAUGGAUCCCGCGGCAAUAGCGGCUGCCGCCGCCGCUGCUGGUGCCGCGGCAGCUGCGCAACAGCAGCAACAGCAGCUGCAGCAGCAGCCGGGCCCUGGGCUGGCGAUGCAGCAGCAGCAGCAAUUUCAGCAGCAGCAGCAGCAAGACUACGCGGGCUUCGGGUUGAUGAGCCCGGUUGAACCGCAGUCCGGCGCGCAGCCUGGCUCCGGCGGCCCCGCGCUGCCGGACAGUCCGCAGCUGCACGGCGGCUACUCCGGAGACUACGGCGGCCUUUUUGCCGCCGAGGACAUGGAGGGCGGCGUGGACACGCGGACAAGCGAGGAGGCGCGGAUGGAGGCGGCCGCAGCUGUUGGCGGCAACGACGGCCCCGGCCUACAGCAGCAGCAGCAGCAGCAGCAGCUGGGGCCGCUGUCUGCACAGAUGCAGGAGGAGCAGGCGUCGGAGCAGCAGCCACAGCUGCCACAGCUGCCAGUGCUGCCGUCUGCUACCGAGCAGUACCAAGGGGGCCAGGGUCAGGACCUGGUGCGGCCCCACAGCCGCCCGCCCUCCGACCAGGGCAUGGCGCAGCCGCCUGCGCCGCAGAGCAACCCGCCGCCGCUGCAGCAGCCCAUCCGGCCUGUGCCGGCCAUCCCGCUGGCCAUCCCGCACGCCACCGGCACGGGGCCGCCAGGGCACUUCCAGCAGCCUGCGUUUAUGAGCGCACUCCUGGCCACGUCCUCCAACCCCAACCUUGGCUUUGCUGGCCCAAACACGCCCGCCGGCUCCACGCCCCCGGCGCUGCCUGACGCCGCCACCGCGGCGGUGGACGGCGGCAGGGCAGGCGGGGGUCCAGGCUCGCCGCAGCGCUCGGCCUCGCCGUCGCAAAGCAUGUCGCAGACGGAUACGGAGGAGGAGGAUGACGAUGAUGACGAGGACACGUCGGCAUCCCCGUCACCGUCGCCGGCUGUGUCUCCUCGUGCGAGCCCCGACCGGUGCAGCCAGCAGCUGCAGGCGCAGCUGCAGGCCCAACUGCAACAGCAACUACAACAGCAGCAACAGCAGCUGCUCCAGUCGCAGCCGUCGAUGGAUAUGGGCGGGCAGGGCAGCAUGACUGGGAUGGGCGGGCUCACGCCCGCGGCCGCGCUUCUGUUCCUGGGGCUGCAGCAGCAGCAACAGCAGCGCCAGCUACAGGCGCAGCAGCAGCAACACCACUCGGUGGCGGUCGCGGCUGCGGCCGCGGCGGCUGCAGCGGCGGCGGCCGCGGAGCAGAGCUCUGGCUGCAUGCAUCCACUCGCGGCGGCCGCCCUGCAGCAGUUCCAAGACGCGUCCAGCCUCUCCAGCGCCGCGCACCUCAGCUCGCUUGCACCCGCCUACGCCCCGAGCUCGGCGGCCGCGGUGGCGCACCACACCCUAUCGGCGGCAGCCACUGGGGCCGCUGCGCCGCUGAGGCCCGCCAGCGUUGCCACGACGGGCCGCGGCGGCGGCGGUGGCGGCGGCGGUGGCACCUCCCGAACCACAUCGCGCAAGCGUACGGCGGCGGACCGGCGCGAGCGGCGCAAGGAGAGCAACCGCGAGAGCGCGCGGCGCUGCCGGCUGCGGCGUGAGGCGGAGGGCGCAGAGCUGGGCAAGAAGACGAACGUCCUGGCCGGCACAAACGACAUGCUGCGGGCGCAGGUGGAGCAAAUGGAGGCCACCGCGAACCGCAUGGAGGACCAGAACGUGAUCCUGAGCCAGUGGCUGCAGCACAUUGAGAGCGCGGGCGACGACGCGCCAGCGGCCGCCGCCACCAUCCUGGAGUGCAUCCGGCAGCAGGACGCGGCGCAGAUUGCUGCGGCGGCUGUGCAGCAGAUGCAGGCGGCGAUCCAGGGCCAGGCCGCGGCAGCACUCGAUGCCGGCGGCUGGGACGGCGCUGCAGCUGGCAAGGACCAGAUGGCCGGCGAUCCCGGCAGCCUGGACGGCGAGACGGAGCCUGACACCGAUGACGACGACGGCGCCGCAGGCGACGCAGCAGCUGCAAGGCGCCCUGCCGGGCAGGCGUCGCCGCAAGGUGCGGGCACGCCCGGCUCGGGCCGCGCCAAGGGCGGUGGCGCCAAGGGCGGCGGCGCCAGGCGGCAGCAGCCGAAGCCGAAGUCAAAGAAGGAGCCGGCUGCUGACGGCGGUGAUGCGGUGCAAGACGGCACGCAAAGCGCGGGGCCGGCCCGCGCGGCGGCGGGUCGCGGUGCCGGGGCAGGCAAGACGGCCAAACGGAAGAAGCCGUCAGAUGGCGGGGCCAUGCAGGGCACGCCAACGGGCGCUGCGGCCGAAGCGGGCCGUCCCGAGGCCGCGGCAGGCGGCGAGGACGCGAACGCUGCGGCUCAGCUAAUUGCAGGCUCAGAGGGUGAGCGAGGGCGCUCGACGCAGCGGCAGCGGCAGGAGCCUCCGCAGCAGCGCCCGGGCGGCGGCACUGCCACUGACGGCGCGUGUACCUCGGCCGCCGCAGGGGCGAGCGGGCACCCGUCGCAGGCCGUGCGGUCGGCGAGCGGCGCGGCCACCGCCGGUGGAGCUAAGCGCAAGCGCGCGCAGGCCGGAGCGGACGAUGGCUCGGGCAGCCCACAGCGAUCGGGUGCGCAGGAGCACGCAGGGGCGCGGGUGGCAGCUGGCGGUGCCGGCCGCACACGGCCUCGCUCGGGCGGCAGCGGGGCCAGCGGCGGCAACAGCCGGGGCAACGGCUACACGAACGGCGGUCGCGGCCGCAGCCCUGUCGCGGGCGGCAGCAAUACUGGCCUGACCACGGCGUCAGCGGCUGCGUCAGAAGACUGGGCGAUGCUGCAGGAGGACUUGCGCACGCCUGAGCUCGGCCAGCAAACCGGGGAGGACGUGACGAACGCGGGAGCGGCGGUCGCCGCAGGCCCCAGUGCCCGCGCGGGAGGCAGGCGGGGCGCAGCCUCGCUCGCAUCACCACAGCCAUUACCGCCAGGCGUCCUGGGAUCGGGGCUGACGUUGGCCUGCCCCUCGCCGUCGGUUGACAUGAUGUUGAUGGCCGCGGCCGCGGACCGCAGCCUCGGCGGCCUGGCUGGCGAGGACAGCCGCUGCGGCAGCCUGGAAGGCAGCGGCGGCAUGGGUGGCGCCGGAGGCUCCGGCGGGUGCGGGAGUGGAGGGAGCAGCCGAAGGCUGUAAUGUUGAAGGGCGGUGGAGAUGUGGAAGGGCAGGUUGUGUGCGCGUCGACGCUGCGUCUUGGGAAUGCAGCAUGUGGCCGCCUGCCUUGAUGGUUGUGAGACGCAGCGUAUCUAUUUUUGCGUGCUCCCAGAGGUGGUUCGACGGGAGAGAAGGAACGGGACUAUGAGUAUUACAAGGAGAGUCGACACAACACUUCCACGAAUGUUUUUGUGUACGCUGUGUUUAAGCGUGAUUGCUAUAGCCGAAGAAGAAGAUCCAAACUGAGGGGCUCGCACACUUUUGAGGUGAGCGGUGAAUACGGUGCGAACCACUCGGUGUCUGGAGGUGCUCGGGUAUACUGGCAGGCAAAUGUGACGGCUUAUGUUAUUUGCCGCUCUUUGCUCAAAGGCAUACUCCGCACAUUUUCAGGGAGUCCAGGGAACAGCGUGAAUGCCCGCUAUACUAUAUGGCGUUCCGUGUGGCGGUCUGGUAUGCCAGGGCUUGAUGAGCAAGAGCGUGUGUUUGUUUGAUCGUAAGCUGGGCGCGUGUCACAACCUUUUUGCUUGGCCAUGCCGAGCUGCUAUUGCUGCAACACCCAUCGCCGGCGCCGAUACACAGUUAAGACGCAUUGUCGCUGUACGAACCGGCGUGCCGGCGGUGUCGGGGCGCAUGCAGUGCACGUGACAGCGAUUUGGACCUGACAGGAGUUAAGGUUGUUAUCCUGACGUUUUAGUGGUGUUGCGGACGAGUGCUAUUCGGGCUGCUGACGUACUCUUGACGUGGCGCCGUGUGUCCGCCUUUGUGGGCUUCGCGCUUGCGUCCUUGCUGAGCAAGAGCGCGCUGCGACCUCUUUGGUGCCUACGUGUGUGCGAGCUCGGGGCUGGACGCACCCUGGCCGUGUGUGGACGUGUGGACGUGGCUGUUGGGGAAGUUGGCGUGUGCAUCGUAGGCGGGGUCAAGUAAUCUUUCUGAUUCACUUGCCACAGAGCUGCGGAUUCUGUGGCAGGCCUGAAGUUACCGUAAAGUUAACCCAUGCGAAAGUGCAUUUGGAUGGCUAGAAGCGGUGCGCGCGGAUUUGCGGCAUUUGCACGUCGGGUCUUGGCGACUGCGUGGCAGAAUUUGCACUGCGGGUGGGUGUUCACUGUGGUGGUGGCGGUGUUGUACUUGGUUGUGUUUACGUUUGUGGUGGGUGAACGAGUCCACGGGCGCCUGGCUGCAGGUCGAGUUGCACGGCCACAGCCCAAAACAUUGUGUGUAUUCGUGUGUGUUUGUGCGUUGUGCACGUGUGGGUACUGCGAAGACGGCUGUUUACGAUUCAUGGCUGUAUCGACUCUGGUUGGGAGAGGCCGCUGGCACGCCGGCACCAGCGGCGGGCGACAGUGUAGGCUGGGCACGGCCCGCCCUUGUGCUGACGCGGUGUAGCGGGGCGCAUGCCCGCAGAAUGGUCCAGAAUCUUCAAAGUAUGUGUACACGGUAAUUGCUGGAGACAGCUGAUGCAGUGUGUACUUGAGGGCGCAACGGCAAGCUGCCUUGGUCCUCAUUGCCGCUGCGGUUUGGCGAAAUGGACGUUAGCAGCCUAUUGCUGGUAUUGAACGGGCUCUGGUGCUACCAGGCUAGGGCGUGUGAGCAUUGGGAGCAGGUGCUGCCUCUGGCCUGGUCGCCGUCGUGGCUGGGGGCGAACGCACCCCGCCGUGUCACUGGGGGUGACGGCGACGGAUGGCCGGGUGCAGGUGCUGCAGCUGGCUGCAGCAAACUUGCGCCGUCUGCGUGUCGGGUGUUGACUGCGUGUCUACGGUAGUGAUGACAGGGAUGCAGUGCUCCUAGGCACGGCUGGCUUUCAUGUGUGGUGCAUCCGGUUCAUGGAGUAAUCGGUAGUGCAUUGCGGCGGCGGCGGAGGCUGGCCGGGUGGUGGUGGGCGCGCUGCCACGGCUCGUCGGAUGCCGCGUCGUGGUCGUGGUCGUGUAGUGCACGUGCAUCUC